AUGUCAACUAACGUAUCGUCACCCAUCUUGUCGCUUCCGGACGAUAUAUCGAUCUUGCUCUUAGCUACUGCGGCCCAAACCGAACCUCCUCGGGGAAUAGGAUUCAGAUGUGCCAGAAAUCAAGCUCUAGGCUUCUUGCGCCUGUCUGAGGUCUGCCGGCGUUGGAGGGCCCUCCUGCUGUCGAUGCCGUCGAUCUGGGCCGAAGUCGUUUUUACCAUCCCUCCAGCGCCAGCUACACUUGCUCUUUCGCGGUCCAAAUCGCAUCCAUUGCGCGCAUCCAUUCCUUCUAUCACCAUCCCGAUAAACUACCGACCUGGAAAGCCGACAGGACGGGAACACAAUUACCUUAUUGCUCUGCUGGCCGAACACGCGGCACGCAUCGGCACGCUCUCCGCUUCUGACCUCGAGGCGAAAGAUUACCGAGUCGCAUUUCGUGACCCCUUACCCCUUCUUAAACGCCUCGUCUUUAUACACAUCGGCUCACCGCCGUCUCCUCGCGACAUCGGCAAUAUCUGCAUUGAUGCCCCCACUUUACACACAAUGGAAAUCAUGAUAGAUGAAGGAUCAAACAUUCAAUUCCCCAUCACAUAUGACAAUGCCCCAGGGAUCACCUUGAAGCUUCCAGCCCUCCGCUCAAUCUCUAUCUCCUUGAUCGACAUUCGUAUGAAAGAUUCAAAUCUGCGGUGGAUCGUCCCCCUCCUGCGCAAUACGCCUCUGAUCGAAGUACUGCACCUAUCUUUCUCUGUCGACUCUGGAACGCGCGCUCAGUGGAACACACUAUUCAAAGAUCAACCAGUAGAGCUCAGCCGUUUACGGCGCCUGGAGCUUGAAGGCGGCCCUCAGGCGAACACCCUCGAUCUUUUUCGAUACAUACAAUCACCUUCGCUCCGUCGCACCAACAUCAAACACCAUCUCUCAGAUCAGAGUGGAAAGGCCGCCGAUGCGAUCAAAUAUCUUUGUCACACCUUGCACCGUCCAUCCUACGAUGGUCUACUCGUUCGGCUCGAUGCAACAUAUAUCCGCACUUGUACUCUCACAGUCGCAGUCUUUCCGUCUCUGCAUCCCGUGACAUUCUACUCACCCGAGUCUCUCCUCAAGGGCGAUUUACCAGAUAUAGCCGUAGUCAGCACGGGGUCGACCCUCCCUCCUGACGCGCCGCUACACCGGCAGAUGAUAGACAUGCUUGCCGCUGCACUCAAAGAUAAUGCUCCCAAACAACUCGUUGUUGAUGCGCCAACUUUCAAAGCAUGGCCUUCUGCUCUACAGACGAUCUUGCCUCUCUGCUCGCAAGUGACGCAGCUAUUCGUUUGGCAUCCGUGGAACCACAGGGAGCCGGGUUUCCCCAUCUUCCCGUCGCCGGUCAUUCUUCCUGCUUUGGAAACACUUUCCAUUCGGCCCGUAUUUGACGCCAUCUCAUACAAGCAAUACAGACGAGCCAUAGGUGCAUGGUGGUUGGAGCUUACUUCCUGGCUCGAACGUCGAGCCCAUGCCACGACGCGCAUCCGCAAACUCUACAUCUAUGGGCUCGAUAGACAGCCAGAUCACGGGCAGGUCAAGCGGAAGCACGAGGUCGCUGAAGCUCAGCUGCGCCAGCGCGCCGCCGAGUUCGUCGACGAACUAUUUGACGAGCGAGUGCGCCGUUCAUCCCCACCGCGCCACUUCACCGUGACUGCUUCAUCGUCGGAAUCAUCAUCUGACGAAUAG